AUGUCCGAUAGUCAGAACCAGCAGCCCAGCCUCGUUGGAGGACAUGCUGAAUACGUCAAGGGUGCCACAGAGGCCGCCAUUGGCAACAUCACAGGCUCAGAAGCAUGGAAAGCAUCGGGAGAGCAGGCCAAAGCGCAUGCCGUGUCGGACAUGAAGGCCGCAAGCGAGGGCCGGGAUGAGAGCAGUCAGGGCUUUGGGAAAGCGGAGGAGCUGGCCGGCAAAGCAGUGGGCUGUGAGGGAAUGGUCAAGGAGGGAGAUGCCAGCACAAAGAAGGAUUGA